AUGGAGCUUCCGAGCGACGCGCACUCGUGGGUCGCGCUGCCACCUUUGCAGCUGCACGACAUCCGCGACGUGCUACAACGCUGGUGGACCUCCGACGACGCCCUGCACGCCAUCAUAGCGGUUCCCCACAAGUGCGAAGAGCUCCUAGCGUGGCCGAGCGGCCGCCUCAUCAGCACCAUGGUGGGGCUGCCCAAGCCUGACGGAGGCAGCAGGCUGAUUGGCCUCAUGCCGACGCUGGUGAGAGUGUGGAGCAGGGCGAGAAGGCCGAUCACCAAGGCCUGGGAGCUUGCCCGCCCCUCUUCCCUGGUCUGGGGCACGGGCCCUGGGCGAUCGAGCUCUGGCUCCGCGUGCGAGCUGAACCUGGCCAAGGAGCAGGCGCGCCUCAGUGGCUGGGACUCCGCCCAGGUGGCCCUCGACCUCUGGAAGGCCUACGAGAUGGUGGCGCCCGGGGCUCAGCUUGUGGAGGCCCGUGCACUGGGGUCCCCCAUGGGACCGGCGUGGAUGCUGCUGAGCUCCCAUCGGCAGCCACGGACGCUGGCGGCGUUCAACACUACGUCGGACCUCUUCGUGACCUGGCAAGGCAACAUCGCAGGGCGCGGUCAUGCCAACUCGCCGCUACUUGUGCUCACGCUUCGUGCGCUGCAGCGGGCGCAAGCCAUUGCGCCGUCAGUGACGCCGCGCGGCCUGGUGGACGACGCCACUCUGGACUGGAGCGGCCCACGUGGCGGGGCCGACGACCGCCUGUCCGAGGCUCGCAGAAGCUUCUCGUCAAGCAUGGUGGAGCUCAGGCUGGUGAUGCAGCCGCAGAAGUCAGGCUACCUGGCGUCCUCCAGGCGGAGGGCGCGAAUGCUAGCGCACUCCAUGCAGAGAGCGGGCCUCGCGGAGAAGUUCUGGGUGCGCAACCUGGGGCGCGAUCUCCACGGGCGGAAGGUGCUCCGCACGCAGGAGAAACUCCGUUUGCAGGCCCUCGCGGCCAGGCGCAGCCGAGUGGCCAUGCUCAGGCGCGUGGACUACGACCCCAUAUACGCGGCCACCAUCCCGCUGGUGAUGCGCCUGGCCAGCCGCAUCUGGGAGGGCCGAGGAUCCCUUGCCAGCCUGAGCGCUAGCUGGAGCAAGCUGGCGGAGGCGAUGCAAGCGGGCACAGUGUCCUGGGCUACGGCGCAUGGCCCGCUUGGGGCCACGUGGCUCACGCUCGGCCGCACCGGCUGGACUAUGACAGCAGCGUGGGCCUUGCAGCCCGACCUGGGCGAGACGCCGUCCAUGCUGCGGGUUGCCCCUCGGGGCAUCAAGGACGCGCUGGUGGAGGGCAUCCAGCGCUGGCAAUGCAGGCGGCUGGUGGCCCACCUGCCAGAGGGCCAAUGCGAGUCCCUCUGGCCUAGGGCCAUCCGAGCCAUUGCGUGCAAGGCACGGCCCGCGGCGGAGCUGGGGGCCAUCCAGGCGGUGUGGGCUGGGGGGCGCUUCACCAACGCCUGGAGGCACGCCCGCGGCUACGCUGUCUCCGACCUGUGCCAGGCGUGCGGGGGUGCCAAGGACACACUGAUGCACAGGUGGUGUGUUUGCCCUGCCUUCGUGGCGCCGCGCGACGACGAGCUGGAGCAGGAGGGGCCGCUCCGCGAGCCGAUCGUGGCAAUGAGGCACCAGUUGGAGGAAGCCGAGCAGAAGUGGACCAUCGGGGAUAGCGAGCUGCCGCUGGCGCACGGCUUGUCGCUGAUGCCAGCGACGCCGCCGCCCGCGCCGUCGGACAACGUGGUCAUCGAGUGGGGCGCCGCGCAGGAGGAGUGGCCGUCGGCGGUCUACACGGACGGCUCAGGGCACGCCUCCCGAGCCCCCGAGGCGCGCAGGUGUGGGUGGGCCGCCGUGGCCCUCAGGCCUGACGGGAUCCCCCUCAAGGCGGCCUACGGGCCUCUGCCUGGGCCACGCCAGACCGUGGGGAGGGCGGAGCGGCACGCGUGCCUGGCCCCGUUGGCGCAGGCUGGCUUCAGUCCCUGGCAUGCCAGCAUCUGGAGGGAGCUCCACGCGGUCGUGGCGAAGCGAGGUGGGCCGCCGCCGCGGUUCCGCUGGGUGCCUGCCCACCGCGCCCUCCAGCAAGCGCUGGACGAGGGCUUGCGCCCACUGGACUGGCUUGGGAACUGCUGGGCGGACUUUUUCGCCAACCUCGUCGCCAGGGUCACCAGGCUGCCGAACAGCACGGCGGAGGCGCUGCACGCGGAGCUCCAGCGGCCCUGGCAGGUCUGGAAGGAGCCAGCUGCCCCGAAGCUCAGCCUCACGAGGCGCGAGUACCAGGUCACCAGUUCAGUCGGGGUGCAGCGCGUCCACUGUGGGCGUGCGGCCUACACGGCCAAGGCAUGGGAGUUGCUGGACUGCAGGCCUUGCCCACCCACGGAGCUGGGCAGGAUGCGAGCCCGCUGCCGUCAGGGUCGGCCGAUGGCGAGCUCGGCUGCAGUCAAUGCAAGCCUGCAGGCGGCUGAGCGCUUGGAGGAGGAAGAGCUCCUGUCUAUGAGUGGAGCGGCCUCUGCGACACGGGGCCAGAGCCGGAAGUGGACGAUGCAGCAGAAGAUCAACUACCUGCUGGAAGCGGCCAAGAGCACCCCUGCUGAAGGGGCUGCUGGCGCUGCAGCUGCUGGGCCGCCACAGGCACAGAGGGGGGGGCGGCCCGAGCCCCGCCCUGGCCCAGGCCGGGGGCUCGCCAGCGCUGGGCGGCGCGCGGGCUUGGCGCGGCCGCGUGAGGGCAACGACCACCACGCCAUCGAAGCGUGGGACCGCUCGGGGCCGUUGGAGGCCGCCCUGGGCUUGCUGGCCAGCUCCUGGGUCGUUGAUCUGAUGGGCCAGAGCCUUGCCUACGCGUCUUGGAUGGAGGAGUGCGUCGAGCACGUGUGCAGGAUGCUGGACGAGGAAGUCUACCGAGGCUUCUUUGUGCACAACAGCGCCGAGGCGCGCAAUGCGGAGAGGCUGAGGCGGGCCGAAGGGUUAUGUGAGCGUGGCUGGCGGGACGGCGGGCCGUUCAGGGAGUCCCACAUCGACGAGGCGCUACAGCUGGAGGGCGAAGACAGGCAGGUCAAGCUCCUGCGGCUGCGCUGCUGCCACGCUGCGGCGCGGGCCUUCCUGUGCGACCGCGGCAAUGCGCGGCGUGCUGGGGGGCGGCGAGGGCCGCUCUACUUCGCCGUCUUCGAGCCCGCGGGGCGUAGCCAUCCUCUGGAGCACAACGAGUCCGAGAGCAACAACAGUCCCGAGCCUGAUGCCGUGUUCGGACUCGAGGCCCUGCGCUGCAUGCUGAGGGCUUUCGUGGGCUGCUGGGUGCUCGACCUGCGCGACUCGGAGGCUGCGGGGAGUUCUUGGACUGCCUGGGCGGCGGCGCAGUAUGCCCUCACUUGGCUCGCCAGGCCAGGCAGGGAGGAGACGAGGGCAGAGGCUACGAGGCUUGCAGGCUCCAUAGGCCUGAGGGCGCUGGCACAGGCAAUGGUUAGGCAAGCCUGGCUCAUGAAGGCCGACGUGCGGCGCUUCUCGGUGGAGCACUUGAUGGACCUGGCGGCCCUGGAGGAGUGGCUGCACUUCGCCGCCAUGCAGUGGGCCACGCAGGAUGAGGUCUGCCACGCCCUGGAGGACGUCAUCGGUGAGGCGGUGGUCAACCUGCCUGGGCUGCCUGGCUUCGCUGGGCCCCUGCCUGGGUUGGGCCCCGCUGGCGCCAGCGAGCAGCCACCCCGCCAGGCUGGGCUGCCGCGGCCCCAGGGCCUCCGCAGCCGAGGGAUCGAGGCCUUGCGGCGGCUGUGGACAGGCACCUGGCAGAGUCCGCAGCUGCCGAGGGAGGGCGCCACGCGGGGCGGGCCUGGCGACCUGGGCAGCGGCAGCGGCGGCGAGGACGACUUGCCGCGCCCCGACGCGGCGCCAUCGGGGCUGCCUCCGCCCCCGCUCGCGGCCGCAGGGGGGCAGAUGCUGCCGCAGCAGCCAGCGGGGGCGGCUCAGGGCGUUCGAGGUGAUGCUGCUGCGGAGGGGGGCGGUGGCCCCAGGCAGGCCGACGGAGGAGCGGCUUCGCGAGGGGCGGAGGGCCUCCUCGUGGCGGCUGCCUGCGCUGUGGCGGCGGCGGUCGCGGCGGCCGCUGGACCUGGCGCGCGCGGCGGAGGGGCCCAGGGGCCGCACAGGGGGGCCCGUGAGGCCCAGCGCUCGAGGGGCCCUGAGCGGGUGGCAGGCCCCCGUGCUCCACGGGGGGAGGUGCAGCUGCCCGAGGUGUACCUCGGGCACGGCAUGCGCAUCGCGGGGCCGUGCGCCUUCUGCUGCAAGUGCGGGGCGUUCUCGCAGCUGAAGGGCGUGGGCCGCGCCAAGGGCCUGAAGGCGGUGCGCGGCGGCAGCCUGCCGCCAGGGCCGCAGGCCACGGCGGGGGAGAAGAAGCAGAGGCUCUACCUGAGCCGAUUGCUGGGCGGCAAAGACCCAUAUACUGGGCGACCGCUCGGAUGA